AUGGCCUCCGCGUCUUCCGCAGGGCCCUCGGCCGUGGCUGCCCCCAAUGCCACGGCGGCGGCGGCCGCGUGGACUAACGUCAGCGUGCCGGAGAUGCCCCUCUUCCACCUGUUUGCUGUGCUGGACGAGGAGCUGCACGCCGCCUUCCCAGGCCUGUGGCUGGUGCUGAUGGUAGUGCAUGGCGUCAUCUUCCUGGUGGGGCUGGUGCUCAACGGGCUGGCGCUGUACGUCUUCGGCUGCCGCACCCAGGCCAAGACGCCGUCGGUCAUCUACACCAUCAACCUGGUGGUGACUGACCUGCUGGUGGGCCUGUCCCUGCCCACGCGCUUUGCUGUCUUCUACGGCACCCGCGGCUGCCUGCGCUGCGCCCUCCCGCACGUCUUUGGCUACUUCCUCAACAUGCACUGCUCCAUCCUCUUCCUCACCUGCAUCUGCGUGGACCGCUACCUGGCCAUCGUGCAGCCCGACGGUGGCCGCCGCUGGCGCCAGCCCGCCUGCGCCAGAGCCGUGUGCGCCUUUGUGUGGCUGGCCGCCGGCGCCGUGACCCUGUCCGUACUGGGCGUGACGGCCGCCGACGGGCCCUGCUGCCGCGUCUUUGCGCUGACCGUCCUGGAGUUCUUGCUGCCGCUGCUGGUCAUCAGCAUAUUCACCGGCCGCAUCGUGUGCGCGCUGUCACGGCCGGGCCUGCUGCGCCAGGGCCGCCAGCGCCGCGUGCGGGCCGUGCAGCUGCUGCUCACCGUGCUCAUCAUCUUCCUCGUCUGCUUCACGCCCUUCCACGCCCGCCAGGUGGCUGUGGCGCUGUGGCCCGGCGUGCCACACCACACCAGCCUCGUUGUCUAUCAUGUGGCCGUGACCCUCAGCAGCCUCAACAGCUGCAUGGACCCCAUCGUCUACUGCUUCGUCACCAGCAGCUUCCAGACCACUGUCCGUGGCCUCUUCCGCCGGCAUGGAGCGGGGCGUGAGCCCAACAGCUACGACGUGGUCAGCGUGCGCAAGAGAUCCAGGGACUCAGCUCACCAUCACAUCCUCGGCGCCAGACCUCGCGCCCUCACGCAGGCCCUGGCUGAUGGGCCUGAGGCUUAG